GACUUUUUAGCCAGACAACGGCGUCUUAUGGUCGUUGUCGAAACUACCGAGGACCACGUCCUCUCGGCCCGCCCGAUGGACCCCAAAUCGCAUGUGUACGCUGAGGACGGCACGGCCACUGACGUCGACUUGCGCGAGCUCGAACAGUCCCCAAAGAUUGGAGGGAUCAGAGAUCCUUACGAGUUCCGCAACGGCAUCACACCCGAGGUCGACCUUGCCAGCAUGCGCAAGCGCAAACGUGGCAAGAGCAUCGAGGGCUACCAUCGCAAGCAGAAUAACCUAAUCACCGAUUUGCUCAAACCCAUGGAGGAGCACACCGAGGACGCCAGAGUGGAAGAAGAGGCGUCCAAAGUCUCGAUCAAAAUCGCUAUAUGGGCUAGUCUCAUCGCCAACUUCAGCCUUUGCGUGCUGCAGCUCUAUGCUGCCAUAUCAUCGCUGUCGCUUUCAUUGCUUGCUACUGGUAUCGAUUCCGUCUUCGAUAUUGGCAGCAAUGUCUUGCUUCUGUGGCUGAACAGGAAAGCGAGGAAGCUAGAUGCCAACAAAUGGCCAGUGGGUGGCGCUCGCCUGGAAACUAUCGGUAAUAUUGUCUAUGGUUUCCUCAUGGGAUCAGUCAACUUGGUCGUAAUCGUGGAGUCCAUGCGCACCAUCGUCACGCACAACAGCGAUGACGAUACGAAUGCAUUGCAUAUCCCCUCGCUUAUUUCCGUCGGCGCUGCGCUUGGCGUCAAAUUUGCGCUCUUCCUCUACUGUUGGCCUCUCCGCAGGGCAUCGAGCCAGGUCGAGGUCCUCUGGGAAGAUCACCGGAAUGACCUGUUCAUCAAUGGUUUUGGUCUGCUCAUGUCCGCAGGUGGAAGCAAGCUCAAGUGGUUCCUCGACCCGAUGGGCGCCAUCCUUAUUGGCGCGGGUGUUAUUGUCGCGUGGGGCCGGACGGUUUACAAACAGUUCGAGCUGCUCGCAGGCAAGUCAGCACCACAUGACUUCCUGCAGCUGCUCAUCUACAAGACGACGACGUUCUCGGACGAGAUCGAGCAGGUCGACACCGUCCGGGCAUACCACAGCGGUCCAGACUACUACGUCGAGAUCGACGUCGUCAUGGACGCAAACACGCCGCUCUGGAAGGCGCACGACAUCAGUCAGCAGCUGCAGGACAAGAUCGAGGUCCUGCCCAACGUCGGCCGUGCAUUCGUCCACGUCGAUCACGAGACCACGCACAUGCCGGAACACCGCAAAUACAUAUAAGCGGGACCCGCAAAGCGAGCCCGCAGAGUCACGAACCGGCGCACGCAAUGACGAUACCCUCAUGUCCCAUCCGAGUAGAUUGUACGGUAUACCUAAUGGGAAUACGCUGCCUGUACACGACCAUAAUGCUACGCGUC